CCAAAAUAGGGGACGGGAAUUGAAAUUAUCAAAAAACAUUAUUGAAGCCCUAAUUUCGUUCUUACCAACCCAAAAGCGUCGUGUCACCACAUCGUGCUGCUUCGGGCCACCACCACCGCUGCCGGAAAAACCGAAUUGCCGAUCAUCUCUCGCCGGUGAAGUCCACCACCACCGGCGACCCUAGGUUCGACUUGAGCGAAUCGAGCAACUGAAGACGACUAGACGCUGGCAUAACUUAUGGGGGUGUGCAUAAUUUUGUGUAAUAGGAAGAAGAAUAAGAAAGAAGAAGAAGAAGAGAAAUAAUGAUCGCUGGCUGGUGAUGACGCAUCAGCACCAGAAUCAGAGCAAUCCUCCCCCGCCCAAUUCUGAGGCUAUUUGCAGUAAUAGAUCAUCCCACAUUCACAAUCACAGUUACCGUCUGCCUUCGCCUUGUCCUCUCUCUUCGGACUCUCCAUGUAGAAUUCGACUUUCCGAUAUUUUACCCUACGAUGGACCCCCAAUGGCCACCUACUUACGGGCCCUUGACGCCUUGUCCACCUCCCUAGACCGCCACAACGCCGCCAUCAUUGAGCUUUCCCCUGAAGACGCCGCCCUUCUUCGAUGCGCAAUCGAUUCCUCACGUCUCUACUUUCGCACCAGGAAGGGUGGCCGAGGUGUUUAUACCUACAGGGCUGGAAGGCCUCUGGAAGAUGUGGACUCAUCUCCUCCGUGCAUGGCUGACAUUUUUAGAUGCAUGGGAAAGGCAGCUCGUGCUGCUUUAUGUGCGAUAGCAAGACAUCUUCGUUUGCGAAGCGAUGUUUUCAAUCACUUGCUUGACGAUAGCCCCUUGCCUGCUAAAGAGGCGUCUUCGUCAGUUCUUGUUGCAACGUUCUCCCAGAUUUCAUUGCAGCAAGGAAAAGUUGCAACUGGGGGAGGCAAGAUUGCAGUCAGUUGUGAAGUGGAGAAGGGUCUGUUAAUGCUGAUUUCCUCAGAUGCCCCUGGUGUUAUGGUUUGUGAUAACAGUGGGCGUUGGUACCAAGCAGAUAGCAGCCUGGCGCCCGGGGAACUCUUACUUGUUACUGGGAAGGCUCUCAGCCAUGCCACUGCAGGACUGCGACCUGCUGCUUCAUACCGGACUAUAUCUGAUAAUCUUAUGAUCCCUACAAAUGGUGGAAGGACAUCAGUGAUAUUUCGGCUAAUGCCACAAGGCAAUGCAAUACUAGAUUCUACUCCGAUUGCAGCAGCUGGGCAUGUAAUUCCGCAGAGCUAUGGGCCUAUAUCUGUAAGUCAGUUUAUGGAUGACCUUUCCGCUGAAGAAGAUGUCUUGUGUAACCAUAAUGAUAAUACUUAUGUACCUGCAGAUAAUUUGAAUAUGGAACCAUCGUUGAGAACUGUGCUCUCCGAUUCCUUAUCUGGCGCAUUCCUUGAGGAUGCUAUGCUGGUUUCCUGUGGGCAUUCAUUUGGUGGUCUAAUGCUGAGGAAGGUCAUUGAAACGUGCAAAUGCAUACUCUGCAAUUCUGAAAUUGAGGCUGGGUCUUUGAUCCCUAAUCACGCUUUAAGAGCUGCAGCUCUUGCAGUGAAGCAAGAGGAUGAUCGCAGACUAUUUCAUAAUGCAACUCUCAGGAAACGCAGGAAGGAGGCAAGUGAGCACAGGGAAAAUGGUGAUAUUACUCCAGAAAAUGGGUUGAAUAGAGGUGUACAAUAUCCUUUCACAGUUAAUGAGAAGGUUGUUAUAAAGGGUAACAGACGGACACCUGAUAAGUUUGUUGACAAGGAAGCGGUGAUUACGUCGCAGUGUCUGAAUGGAUGGUGAGUUACAUAAAUAUAACGCUAGUAAAUGAUAUUUAUUUGACAAGACAGGACCUGUUGGUAAGUGCACCUAAGACCUAUUUGAUAACGGGUUCGAGUCACUAUCCUUCUUUUAAAAAGAGGGAAAAAAUGAUAUUCGUUAUGUUUUAACAUAGAAGCGCAAGGGUUUGUGUUUUCGAUUGACUGGCAGUG